AUGAUCCAGAAGUACCAACCUGUUCCUACACUAUCUAUGGACCAGGGUCGGGACUACAAACAGCUGACAGCAGAUCGACUCAAAGAGGCAUACACUUGGUUGAAAGCGACUUUUGCAUGGCGGCCAAUCUUCGACUGGGACUACUUUGUAAGUUGCGGUAUGGAAAGUCCGAAGGAAAACCUGGACGUUGCAUUCUCCAGCUUGGAACAACAAUACAAACUUGGCAACACAACUAGGAGUACGAAUGAGGUACUCUUAGGUGAAGUUUCUAGGCAAUUUCAGAUCAUGCGAGACGCCGGCAUACCAAUCCAUCUUCUCAUGGGCCGUCGCAACCCUGAUGGGUCCAGCCUGUACUGGGGCUGGCCUUACAACUCAGACGCGUGGGAGAAAUCGCUUAAAGCGCCGCUUGAUGCUGGUUUGGGAACAAUAGCAGCUCAAAUCGAUACCUUGAGUAUUUUCUACGACCUACGCAAUCCUCUGGACGAGCAGCGUUUGGAAGAGAUUGAUAAAAGGCAACCGUAUCGACGACCCGAAGCAUAUUGUCCUCGCCCAAACGGCCCUUGGCACCUUGCUAAGAAUAGCCCAUUCAAGAAGCAAUGGCAGGAUCGACCAUCACGAAUAUCGAAGCGCAAUACCCAGAAGACGGCGAACAAGAAGAUUAUCGGAAAGAAAACUCGCAUCCCACUGGCCAACAACCUCGACUCAUGUCCUCCGGCCGGGGAGUACGCCGAUGAACACUUAUACGAUGAUCCCGAGACGGACAGAUCCAUACCAGAGACCUUGCACCAGGUCGCCCGUCGUGCUGCAUUUGAGCGAGAAGCCGUUGGUUGGCACCGAUUCUGGACCGAAUAUGCACCUCAAAUGACGAACUUGAAGGAACUACGGUUGCGAAUGUCUCAGAACUUCGAUAGUGUGGGUAGUUGGAGUCUCCGCCAACUUCUGAACCCAAAAGAGACCUGGGUAAUGUUUGGUUAUGCGGACGAGCGUGGCCAUAUGCAGACCCAAGAAGAUCUCCUGCAUCACGUCGCGAACGACUUCAGGCUGCAUAUGCAUGCAGCACAAGAAAAGAUAUGGCCUGGUGGCCGUUUUGUACGACGCAGUUGGAUCCUGUGGACCCCUGAGCCUACAGGCACUGCUGAACUUGCUUUGCAUAGAGGUACAAAUGAGGCGAGAUGCCCAACAUCGCAUCCAUCUUCGAGCAACAAAACUACUGACCUAUACAAAACACACAAGCUGGCAGGAGAUAGGCGCGAAAAAGAACAGCUUCAAAAGGCCAUCAAGCAAGCACGAGAGACAGCACGAAAAGAAGAAGAACUUGAGGCUUCACUUCUACUCUCCUCAUCAGAAGAUCUUGUAAGAGAUCCUCCAGCAGUGAUACCAAGGUCAGAAGACAUUGAAAGAAGGCUGACAGGAAUCUACGGUCGCCACGUUCGUGGUAUUGCCCAGAGAACCUGGCGCGCUGAAAUGCGAGGUCACAUCGAACAGCUGAAUGAGGAUGUGCACGGAAGAGACGAAACUGUUCAUAGUCUUCGUCGAGUGGGCGCCGUAUCACAAGUCGAAGACGCUACGAUUGCACGAAACAUACUGCGGGAUACUCGAGAACUUCUGCUAAAACGCAUGCAUGACUUCCGUCCAGAAGACAUCUUUGUGCCAUGUGAUUGCACAGAACAUACGAACGGCUUGGAGCUUGUGAAUCACAUGACUGACUAUGCUGCCGAAGAGCGUAAACGGCGAGGAGAGCCAGUGCAAGAGGACGCACAUCGAACAGAGAAGCCGACUUCGAGAUUUCCGUCUACAAACACGAGACCUGGUGCCCUUCCACGCGGUCCACAGCAUUCGCGGACAAGUCCUAUUGAGAACAGCUCAGGAAAAUCUAGUUCGGAAUCCACAAGCUCAGAUGAGGACGAUCCUUGGCUGACGAGAUUCACUCCUGCAAUGCAAAUCAAACGGAUCACAGCAACUCAGACUACCACAGCUCAGCAGGGCUCCGAAGCUAUCUAUACAACGCGAAAGCUUGAGCUAGCUCAGCAGUCAGCCAGUGAUAUUGCUACUGGACAAAAUGAAAGAAUUCCUAAGUUUGAAAGGAAACCCAACAAGGAAUCGAAUGAGAGCGAUCGAGCCGCACACCAGACAUCUGAAGACGUUGGAUUCACACAGAGCACAGUAAAAGGAAGGGGUACAGAAGAAAAAGGAAGGUUCGAAGAGCAAGCUGUUGAAAAGAAGAGGCUCAUUGAAGAGAAGAAAGCUGCCAUCGCAACAGCAGAGGCGGAGAAGGAGGCCAGGAUUGCUGCUGAGAACAAGGUUGUCCAAGAAAAGAAGAAGAGAGAUGACGCAAAGAGUCAGAAUGCUGAGAUCAGGAGGCAGGUAGAAGAGGUUGGAGCGGCUGCUAAGAAAUUAGCCGCUGACAAGAAGGCCGCGAAAGAAGAAGCUAAACAGAAGACAGAACAUGUGAAGAAAAAGGCUGCCGCGGAAAAGAAAGAACUAAUGAAGCAGGCGGACGCAGAGAGGAAGAAGGUAAAAGAUGCCAUAGCUGCCGAGAAGAAGAGAACCGCUGACAAUGAGGCCGCGAGAAAGGAAGCUGAACAAAAAGCUGCCGAUGAAACCGCAGAAGCUACCGAGAUAGCAGCUGUCAAAGCAAAAGAAGCUGCAGCAACUAUCAAGGCCGUCAACAACGAAGGAACUCUUGAUAUCGUUCCAACGAUCGAAGGAAUUCUUCCAGGCAAGCCGACUGAGAAACCGACCAAGUCGCCUAAGACUUCCAAGGAAAAAUCAUCAAAGAUCCUGAAAGGCACAAAACGUAAACAGCCUUCUCCUGAUCCAUUUGAAGAUGACGCUGUCGAUGAAAGAGAACCUGUUAAGAAACCUCGUCCUAACAAAGGAGCAUCAACGACGUCCACACCUGUUAGACGUAGCGCGCGUCUUCGCACACAGACACCAACGAAAACACCUACACCGCAACUUGAGUUCCCAUCAGAUGUUAGUGUCACUGAGAACAGUGAACAUGAUAUUGAGGACGAUGGUAAGAGAAAGAAAAGCAAGAAGGGGAAGAAGGAUGUAGAUGACUAUAAGCCACCUAGUAGUACGAAGAAGAGGACUCCGACGAAGGUUGCAAAGGCAGCACGGGAGAGAGCGAUGGGUAGCAAGGCAGUAACGCUGGCUAAGGGGAGAAAGAGAGCUGCUGAUGAGGAAGAGGAAGAAAUAGAGGAGAUUACGAAAAAGAAGCCGACCCAGAAGUCGGUCAAGACGCCACCCAAAAAGAAGGUGAAGAAGGCCGAUGGAGAUGAUAACGAGUUAUAG